ACAGCUUUGGCUCGUGCGGAGGCUGACAUGCGCGUCAAACUCUCAAACCGGGAGCUUGAACCGACUGCGAUUAGAACAGAGUGCUUAGUGAGAUUGCGAACUUGGCCCCUUUCGGACGUGUGUGCCCUGCUCUGAGCAACGGAACAACCGAAGUAAAGCUGGAACCAGCAAAAAAUAAUGCAAAAAUAGCAAACAUUUUAAUUCUGAAAUCAAGUCGCAGAGAUAAUGUUGAACAAAAAGCUGCAAAUUGUUUCCAGCCAUUUGCUGAGGAAACGAGUUACGAUCAAGCUGCUGCGUUGUUUAUCGGCAGUCUGUUCUCCACGAGUCAGCCACUUACAUCACAUCGGUAAGGAGCCGCUGGUCUACCGCAAUGUGGGGCAGCAACUGGAGCUAGCUGCGGCCGAUUAUGGCAGUGUGGAGGCCUUGGUGUCGUGCCACGAGGGGAAGCGUUAUAAUUAUAAAUCCCUCUUGAAUGAGGUAGAUCGCCUAGCAGCCGGCUUCCGCAAGCUAGGACUGAGAAAUGGCGAUGCUUUGGGCGUUUGGGGUCCUAACUCAGUGCAGUGGUAUCUCAGUAUGAUGGGUGCAGCACGCGCCGGUCUCGUCUCAGUGGGUAUUAAUCCCGUUUUCCAGGGACCCGAGCUGGAAUAUUGCCUGAAAAAAGUGAAUAUUAAAGCUCUUGUUGCGCCUGAGAAGUUUAAAAGACAGGACUAUUAUGAAAUAAUAAAGAGCAUCUGUCCAGAAAUCUCGGAUGCCAAACAGGGAAGAAUAACGAGUGGGAAAUUCCCCCAUUUGCAGACUGUGAUUAUCGAUAGUAAAAGUCGCUUUAAGGGCACGCUGACCUUUGAUGAAGUUAUGGACUUGGACAAGGAUACCGUCGAGAUUACCGAGCUGCAGAGAAGCAUAUGUCCCGACAACGCCUGCAAUGUACAAUUCACAUCGGGCACCACUGGACACCCCAAGGCUGCUGUUCUCUCUCACUACAAUUUUGUGAAUAAUGGGAUUCACGUUGCCAACCGCAACGAGUUGGAGCACGCGCGAUGCUGUGUUCAGGUUCCUCUAUUCCACGCAUAUGGUGUGGUGAUUAGCAUCAUGGCGGCUCUCGCCAGGGGCUCCACUCUAGUGCUGCCUUCGCAAGGGUUUAGUCCCAAGGACUCGCUUCAAGCCAUUGUUAACGAAAAAUGCACUGUGAUUCACGGCACGCCCACCAUGUAUGUGGACUUGGUGCGAACGCAGCUGGAGCUGAAAGCUCCGUUAGGGGAAAUUAAUAAGGCCAUAACCGGUGGAGCGCCUGUCUCCCCACAACUCAUUCUGGACAUGAAGCAGGUGCUGGGGGUGAAAGCCGUACACAGUGUUUUCGGCAUGACUGAGACCACAGCAGUGAUUUUCCAAACACCACCCGGCGACAGUGAAGACAAUGUGCUCCAUACAGUGGGGCAUCUGCAGGACCACGUGGAAGCCAAGGUCAUCGAUGAGCAAGGCCAUACGGUGCCAUUUGGACAGCCUGGGGAGUUGUGUGUGCGCGGGUAUGUCACCAUGUUGGGCUACUUCGGGGACGUCGAAAAAACAAACGAAACGAUUGGACCUGACAAAUGGCUGCGAACCGGAGACCGGUUUGUUUUACAGGAAAACGGUUACGGCCGCAUUGUGGGACGUCUGAAGGAGAUGAUCAUACGCGGCGGUGAAAACAUCUUUCCCAAAGAGAUCGAAGACUUCUUGAAUGCCCAUCCUGAUAUUUUAGAGGCUCACGUGCUGGGCGUGCCGGAUGAGCGAUUGGGCGAGGAAGUCUGCGCUUUUGUUCGCCUGAGACCCAAUGUAGAUCCCAAGGGCAUUACCCGCGACACUUUGCGAGAAUACGGCAAGGGAAAACUGGCACAUUUCAAGAUUCCCCGCUACAUAGUCCAAGUCGAAGCAUUCCCCAAGACGACGUCUGGCAAAAUACAGAAAUUCAAGCUACUAGAAGCCUUCCAGAAGGAAGGGGAACAAGGGGACCUAAAAACCGCCAUUAUAUAGGUUCAUGUAAAGCAGCGGAAAAAUAAAGUGUCAAAAAUGGAAUGGAGUCGAAGAGGCCCAAAAUGCACAGAAAUUAA